CUUUGUGCCCGCAUUCGUAUUUGGCCCGUCGUCUCACAUUGGUGGCGGUGGCGGUGGCGCGCAUAACAUGUUGUAUUCGUUCGUCUCUCUCUCUUUUUUUUUUUUUUUUUUAUUUGCUGUGUCACUAACGUGACAGGCUAAGGCCAGUAAUGUCUCUCUCUCUUUGUCCACAUACCUAUCUGUCUGUUGCUAUCGGGCGGGCGUGAGGCGAUUUUUUUUCGUGGCCAUACAAUCGAGAUCGGGCUAUCCUUCCACGGUGGAUUUUAUGUUGCACUCGAUUCGAGAAAAAAAGUGGAAUUAAUUAAAGUGGUUGAACUUUCUGGCCUAAUCGCCGCAUCCAGACACCGCAGUUAGUUGAACCGUAGUGUUGAAGUAAAAAAGUGUGCUUUUUGUUUUUCUGCGGAUUUGCAAUGGUGGUAAAUUGUCCUGUUUACUGUUUUGUUUACUUGGGCACUGUUUGUCACCGGAGCUUGAAACUUGUGAAGUGUCAAUCGUCGGCGUCGACGCCAGCCACUUAUGUUGCUGCUAAGGAGGCGCUGUCACAGGCGUAUGCUUCCAUUAUGUUUGCACGUUGCUAAGUGAACAAAGUAAUUUCCUAUUGGGUAACACCGGUGUCCUGGUGUGUGAGUGUUUGGUUCAGAUGAUUUCUGUUUGUUUGAUAAUUUGUGCUAAAAAGUGUUGCGUCAAUCACUAAUGGAUUUUAACCAAAUCGUGAAAAUUUCGGAAACAAGAAAAAUCACGAAACUUUUUGGGUCGAGAAAAUAAGCAGUGAAUCGAUCGAAAUGGUUCGUUAUUAAUUGUGAAGCAUAAUUGAGUAAAUGUGGAAUAUUUGCAAACCAUGAAUUUGUAACAGUGUUUCAAUUUUUAAGUUAAAGCAAAGUGAGAUUAUAAUUUUGGAGCUGGAUCGAUCGGAAAUCGAUUUGAAAUUGAACCAAGAAAUUUAUCGUGCAGUCGCUCAAGCCUGAGGACGAUCACGGUCACGCCGGGAAAGGUGCUCCGAGCGGCGACGGAGGCGUUAAUGAAACUCAGACCGUCGCAGCAGAAGUGAAAAUGACAUCCGGGAUGGAGUUUGGCCGCAGUCCAGAUCAUCACUCAGAACUGAACAGCAGUGGUAGCGCCCAUGUACCGCACUUUGGUCAGAACCAUCCGUUGGGGGUACUGGGAAAUCUCACCGCACUUAAUAUGAACGUACAGAACCUGCCCGGACUGUCGGGUCUGUCUAGCCUGCAGCACGGGGAUGUGUUGGAAAAGCUGAAAAUGCAGGUGCGUGACAUGAAAGUGGGCCUGAUGGGUGAGCAGAGUGAUUUUGCGGCAUUGCAUGCUAGUUUCGGUGCAAGUGCUCUGCAGCAACAGCAGCAACAACAACAACAACAACAGCAGUCUCAUUUAACCGGAAGUGGCAGUGCGUACGGUAAUGCAGAUCAGAGAUCUACCGGUCCGAACAGUGGUGGCAGUGUUGGGGUUGGUGGAAAUUCAGCCAAUGGUAGCAGCUAUCCGUUCACACUUCCCAACCCGCCGUCAAUCAGCAAGGAUGCGAACCCGGGUUCGAAUUCGUCGACCUCGAGCGAGACAUCCAACUCAUCACAGCAGAACAACGGCUGGAGCUUUGAAGAGCAGUUCAAACAAGUCAGACAGCUAUACGAAAUCAAUGAUGACCCCAAAAGGAAAGAGUUCCUCGAUGAUCUCUUUCUUUUCAUGCAAAAACGAGGAACUCCAAUCAAUCGUUUGCCCAUCAUGGCCAAGUCGGUGCUGGAUCUGUACGAACUGUACAACCUGGUGAUAGCCCGCGGUGGACUGGUGGACGUGAUCAACAAAAAGCUGUGGCAGGAAAUCAUCAAGGGAUUGCAUCUUCCUUCGAGCAUCACUAGCGCCGCCUUCACACUUCGAACACAGUACAUGAAGUAUCUCUACCCGUACGAGUGCGAGAAGAAGAACCUCAGCACACCGGCAGAACUGCAGGCCGCAAUCGACGGAAAUCGACGCGAGGGACGACGCUCCAGCUACGGACAGUUUGAUUCGCCAUCGGUUCAACGUUCGCCUAUUCCACAGAGCAUCCAGCAGAUGUCCCCGCUAUCGCUGGUCACCCAUGUCAAUCAGCAGCAGCAUCACCGCCUCCUGGGGGCACCGAAUGUCGGUCAGAUGCCGAACAUACUGCCGGCCGAUUUCGAACAGCGCAUGCUCGACUACAUCAAACUGUUCCAGCCGAAGGAGAUGAAACGAGAGCAAAGUCCGGACCAGAUGACCCCACGGGAUGCCCUCAAUGCACUGGAGAUGUCUCGCGUUGCGCUGUGGAACAUGUACAACAACAAUACGAGCCCACCGAACUCGCUCAACACAAGCCCACCGGAAAUGCAGAGUUUGUUUCAUUUCAGGGAAGCCCUCAAUCUGGCGGAAUCACCUCCGCACCACAUGUCGAUCAAGCGCAAACAGGACCACCCGAUGGACUUCACCGAUCACUCCGGUGUCCGUGACUAUCACAGUGGAAUACCGCUGGCAAAACGUAGCAACAACAAUUCAAUUGCUGCCGUUGCAGCUGCCCAGUUGCAACAACAACAGCAUCAGCAGCAGCAGCAGCAGCAUCAAUUGCAUGGCCACAAUCGCUCACUGACCCCACAGAAGUUGAAUUUAUCCUCGCACGACGAAGACGAUGUCCAUUCCGAUGGAACACCAAUCAAUCUUCGCGGUGGAGAAAAUGGUCUUCGUCACCACGACGAGGAUAUCAUCGAGGACGAGGAAGAAGACGAGGAUGAGGACAUGACCAUGGCUGAUGAUGCCCAUCCGUUGGCGUUGAACAGAAUUACCGAACAUGCGGCUGCCCUGGCUGCCGCUCAGAGAGAACGCGAACAGGUCCAAGUCAAUCAUUUGGCAAGUUUGAAUCUGAGUCUGUUGGAACGUGAACGGGAACGGUGUGACAGUGCGGACAAACUUAAACGUCAACAGCAGUUGCAAUUGGAACAACUGCAGAGGGAACAGCUGCUACAUCACCAGCAGCAACAGCAACAACAACAACAACAACAGCAGCUUCAGCGCGAACGUGAACGUGAACGUGACCGGGAAUUGCAACGGGAACGGGAGCGAGAACUUCAGAAGCAACAACAGCAGCAAAUCCAAAUGCACCAGGAACAUCAACAGCUACAGGAACAAACCCGUCAGAACGGCGAUCGUCUCAGUGGAACGGAACUAGAUAGUGGAUGCAACAACACCAGCACCAGCAGUGACCACCAGAACCGAUCCGGAUCGAUGCACGAUACCUACAGUCCAGGUACUUCAGCGCCAACGGUCGGUCUCGUGGGUAUGCAAUUUAAGCUCAUCAGCAGAGGUGACGCCUCCAAAGGAGACCAACAACUGGUGGUUUCAAUGGAAUUCAACGGUGUCCAGUACGAGGGUGUCCUAUUCGCUAACCCUUCGACCGGCGCCAAUUCCUCAUCAGCAGCAGCAUCCAGCAGUAGCAGUGCUAAUAUCAACCAUGGUUCCAGCAACAUCCCAACAUCCUCCCCGCUUCUGGUGACGGCUACCGGUGGAAUGCCGCUGGGUUCCCGGUCGUCAUCAUCGCCGGCCGGCAGUGUGAACAGUAACAGUUCCACCUCGGUUGCAUCGCCCGGUGGAUCGUCAAUAAUUUCACCGGCCAAAACCAACAGCUCCUCGAUAGGUGCAGACGAGGCGCUGGCAGCGGUUGCCGGUCUCAAUGUCCAUCCACCACCGCCACCACCACCGGUGAUUGCGCCGAGGCCGCUAGUUUCUUAAGCAUGCAUGCAUUAUUGGCCCUCUUUCGCUACCGGUCGGUAGCAAACUCUCGCAAUCUUAAAACAAUAUUUUUUCGAGCUCUCGAAUGUUGCAUUUUUUGUGCUAUUUAAAAAAAUGUUUCUGUUCAUAACGAAACCAACCGCUUGAAACUUUAGGUAAUGAUUAGUUUAAAUUUUAGAGCAAAAUGACUCAAAUGUUUUGUCAGUGUAAAAGCAUGUGCGGCUAGAAGUGAUGCGAUGCUAGGCCGAACCGCUAGGUGGCGAUCGGUGACGGCGUGUUUUUGUCAAUUGUCGCUGAGCUUUUGGGGGUUGGUGUCUCGGCUCAUCAUCCAAUUCAGCAAACGACACGUCAACACACUGAGUAGAAAGGAAUCACUUUUGAACCAAAAAUUAUUUUUAACUUGUUUUUAUGAGAAAAUGGUCUUAACCGAACAAAUGGUAGCAGCUGUAGGCGAGGUGUAUAUGUGUGAAGCUUAUUAUAAAUGGAUAAGCUAGAACUAGCUUAGUAGCACCUAAACACAUACACAUACACAUACACACAUACGUGUAGGCAGUUAAUGUUAGAGCAAAAAAAAAAUGAUGUGAUUAUUUUUACUUGAUUUUAGACAUAGACAGAUAAUUAAUCGAGACUGUAGAAAUGCAACGAAUUUGGUUUUCCGUUCAACAUUUGUCACAAUGGUGUUUGUGUGCUAGAGCCUGGGCAAGCGUUUUGAAAACUUGCCGUAUGUAUGUAUGUAUGAAUACAAUUUUACCUACUUAACGAGAGGCAACCGAUCAAACAUAAACUCUCUUACGAUUCACGAUAGAAAAGGGUGAACAUGGAAAAAUGGUGAAUUUAGAAGUUGGUCACUAACAGAUGAACAAUCAGUCAUCGAUAUUUUAACUACUCAACCGCAUGCGUAGAUUAGAGCACCUCAGUUUCAGUUUGAGCUGAAUGAAUGAACAACGAAAAAUUAAACUUACGAAUGUUUUCCCUGUUAUCAAGUGUAUGCAAUGGUUUCUCAUUUUUUUUGUAAGAAACGUAAAAUAACAACAAACAAACAAACAAAAAAAAACGAACACGAAAAUAUCUCUUGCAAUAUAAGUUAAGACAAAUUCAAAUCAAUGACAAAAAAAACACACACAACAAAGUUUUAAAAACAAGAACAAAAGUGUGUAUCAUUAGGUUUUUUUUCCCCUAUAGUAUCACUAGUGAAGGUAGAGAUGCAUAGAUUUUAGUUAUGUGCUCUUUUGACUGUAGGUAUUUUUAUUAUUUCCAUGUUUAUUAUUAUAUUUUCUUAUGAAACGACAAAUGUUCAAGUAAACUAUUUAAACUAAAUCGAUGAUAGCCCUAGCAGUAGUAGAAGUUACAAGUUAGUGUUUAGCAGAAAAGACAUGACCGCUUGCAUACAUCACAAAAGGAACCGCAGAUUCAUUCGGAAUCGAAAGUCAUUUCUACACACUUGGACACGCAUAUGCAAAACAAAAAAAACAAGAAAACCCACAUGAACACCCAAUAAGCUAGCUGUAAUAAUAUUAUGGUAUAUUGAAGAACAAAACAUAAUCGCUUUUAUUCUGUCCCCAAACGGUUGCAAAAUGAUCCGUUACCUUUCCUACGCGUCGUAGGCGACGGUUACAUCCUUUUUUUUAUUUGAAAUGUGGAACAAUUUGAUCUUUAAUAUAGAAAAAUGUUUUAAAGUAAAAAACCCA